GCAGGACCCAGAACGUCCGGCCACGCCCCACGCUCUACGUCACAGCGUCCGGGCGGCGGCGGCGGCGCCGGGCCGCGGGGUAGGAUGCUCCGCUCGCUGUGGAGCUUCUUGAAACGCCACAAGAAGAAAUGUCUCUUCCUGGGCACCGUCCUGGGCGGAGUAUACCUACUGGGAAAGUAUGGGCAGAAGAAAAUUAGAGAAAUCCAAGAAAGAGAGGCAGCUGAAUAUAUUGCCCAAGCACGAAGGCAGUAUCAUUUUGAAAGUAAUCAGAGGACUUGCAAUAUGACAGUGCUAUCAAUGCUUCCAACACUGAGGGAUGGCUUAAUGCAUCAGUUGAACUCUGAGAGUCUCACGUCUCUACUGAAAAACAGGCCAGCAAACAAGUUAGAAAUAUGGGAGGAUUUGAAGAUAAUAAGUUUCACAAGAAGCAUUGUAGCUGUCUAUAGUACCUGUAUGCUUGUAGUUCUUCUGCGUGUCCAGUUAAAUAUUAUUGGUGGUUACAUAUACCUGGAUAAUGCAGCAGUCUGCAAAAAUGGCACAAUGCCUCUAGCCCCCCCUGAAGUCCAGCAGCAAUAUCUAUCGAGUAUUCAGCAUCUUUUAGGAGAUGGUCUGACGGAGUUAAUAACUGUAGUGAAACAAGCUGUGCAAAAAGUUUUUGGAAGCAUUUCUCUUAAACAUACACUGUCUCUUUUGGAAUUGGAGCAGAAGCUUAAAGAAAUCAGAAAGCUGGUAGAGCAGCAUAAAGAUUCAGAUAAAAUUGGAUCUUAUUAUCCACUGUGUUAUUAUAUGAUGCCAGAUGAAGAAAACCCAUUGGCUAGCCAGGCCUGUGGACUCACAGAAAAAGAUGUCGCUACUAUUAAACUACUUAAUGAAACGAGAGAUAUGUUGGAAAGCCCAGAUUUUGGUACAGUUUUGAGAACAUGUUUAAACAGAGGCUUCAGUCGACUGUUGGAUAAUAUGGCAGAAUUCUUUCGACCCACUGAACAGGACCUAUGUCAGAACAGCUCCGUAAACAGCCUUUCGAGUGUCAGUUUGCCGUUAGCCAAGAUAAUUCCAAUAAUAAAUGGACAGAUCCACUCAGUUUGCAGUGAAACUCCUAGUCACUUUGUUCAGGACCUGCUGAUGAUGGAACAAGUGAAAGACUUUGCUGCCAAUGUUUAUGAAGCUUUCAGUACCCCUCAGCAACUAGAGAAAUGACCUGUGCAUCAUUGGGACAGAUCAUAUAUUUAUAGUACAUCCCUUGUGGCUAUUGGUGAGAACUUAUAAGGAUUUGGGUUAAUUUCAUAAUGGUGUAAGAAUGCUAGGCCUACAGAAAUUUUUUUUUUUAAAUAAUCAGGAAUGCACUUGCUUUUGUUUAUAUAAUAGAAACCUGCUUACAACACCUGAUCUAGAAAGCAUUUUCAUCGAAAGACUCACUGAAUAUGAAGACUGUUGUAAGAAGACUUUAAAUCUAUGGAAUAACUUAUUUACAGUUAAUUUUACUAUAUGUGAAAGGCAGUUCAUGUUUAUACCAGGAUACUGACAAUUGGUGAGACAGACCUGCUUGGACUGUGGUAAAUUUAGAAAGAAAAGCAUUCUAGGCAUAAAGCUCUAGAACAACAGGCAGUAAACUGGGUGAAAUUGGGCUCUUCUCCUUCCCUUGAGGAAAGAGGGAUUUUAAUUUCAAUGCUACAGAUGCCGUUAAGUUUUUGCCAAAUAGUAUUUAUAUCUGACCAAAGUUCUGGAUAGUUGCUGUCUUCCUUAAGGCUUAAAAGUACAUUGAUUGUAGAGGUUAUCGUUUAUGCUGUUCACUAAUGGCCACUACUGUACACAUUUGUUUGUAAAUAUUUUAUUUUAAUUUGUAUUAAUUUUGAGCCCAACUGUCUGUAUUGUAAUAAAAUAUUUUAAUGUAAAGCUUGUGUGUGCAGUAAUUUUACCAACAAAAGAAUGUCUAUACCACGUUCAAACUUUACA